AGCUAUUAUUUGUUGGAAGUUGAUCUUUUGGGACUUUUGUUUUCCUUCCAUUUGUUUUGAUGGUUAGAGAAUCCGAGGUCAUUCAAUGGGCUCUCGAUAGCAACAUGGUAGAAAUCUGUCGGAUCAGCAUGGAGAUUGGAAGUGAGCUCUCUAAAGUGAUUGGAAUGCACAUUCUGGAAGCAAUUUUGCAAGAUGACUCAGGAAUGUCUUAUACUUGCAGUCCAACUUUUGACCUACUAUUGGAAAAUUUGAUGAGGACAUGGGAGCAUCUGGUUACUUGUUUGGCUUUGGACCAAGAUUUCUCUUCCCGCCUCCUAUUUCAUAUUCUUCGCUGCUACGUACUGCUUUGCACUAAUGCUCGAGGUUUUAGUACGGUAAGGGAGAAUCUACCAGAUAGCUUAACUGAUUGUUCUUUUGUUGAUCUCACUGAGGAGUUCCCUCUGAUUGCGAGUUUGCUCCAACAACUACUCCUGAGUCUUGGUAAAGUUGACAACUGCUCUCCGAGUUUCCUACCAGAUGACUUGCAACUCUAAUAGCCAAAACUUCUGCUUUUGAGGGAUAAAACAAGAAAGGUGGAGUUGUUCCCUCUGCAUACUUGUCGGAAGUUCUUGGCACUGUCAAUAGUAAUCACAGAAACAAGAAAGCAAAUUCUUUGGGAUGCAAAAAGAAUCAGAAUCAUACUGUAGGGAUUUUGUGUAGAGUGAAUUUUCUUCUGUAAAUCAUAGAGUAGCUUUGAAGUUCACCUCUGAAACUGUGAAUGUAUUUUGUAGUUCAUUUCUGAAGUUCCUUGUGAAAAUGGAAAUCUUAAAAUGGUGAAGGGCAUGCUGAUGCUAGAAAGGCAAUUAGCCCAUGGGGAAGAUUAGCCAUUGCCAAACAAUGUUGGGAACUUUAUUUUUGUUGGCAAUUCAUUUUGUUCCACUUUUCUUGCAUAGAACUUUAGUAGUAUGACCAGCAUACUAGCUCUAUAGUUGGUGGAGAAACAGAAAACAAAAAUAGGCUUACGAAUCUGUUUAGGGAAAAAUGAUGGUACAGGUUUUUCUUGUAUCAGAGAGAGAGAUUAUUUGAUGUGAAAAUGAUAGAUUUUCAUUUGUAUA